GAUCCUUGAGAAGUUACAUUUUAGCACAGCGAGGAAAUGGUGUCCCUAACCCUAUUAGUUAAGUCUCUCUCCCACAGAUGGUUCCCUGCGUUAAUCCUCUUUGUGGUCAUCCUAAUCCAUCUCAAAGUGACCACUCAGAAGGGCUCAGAUUCCUUUGUUGGCCCCGGGGAGCAGACUCGUGCUGUCUGACGAAUGGAAGAUGUGAAUAUGGACGGAGCAAUAAGACUUACUGGGCCACAAUGAUUGGUACAAGCAGGAGUUUUCUGACAACUUACUUCAACUUCCCAAGAAGAAAAUGCCGUGAAGUAUGAUGGGAAGAAUGUAGACUGGGCCCAAAAUUCCUAAAAAAAGGAGCCAACUGUCCUGCAGAGAAACGUUUACUUCCCCGACACAACAGGUCCCUUAUGCAAGUUUAAAGGUUCCAACGAUUACAAUGGACAGUCCCACAGGAGAUGGUUAUAUGGAUACUGCUCCUAGUCCUGAGCAGACCCUCCCUAUGGUCCCGAGAGGCCAUCAAGUUACUGAAGUGGCCCCAGCCAAGAAGAUAACAUUUUAUAAGAGUGGAGACCCUCAGUUUGCUGGAGUCAAAAUGGCCAUCAACCAUCGUAGAUUUAAAAACUUUAGUGCUCUCAUGGAUGAUCUCUCCCACCGCGUCCCUUUACCAUUUGGGGUUAGGACCAUAACAACUCCACGUGGGACACACAGUGUUAACAAACUGGAACAGCUGGUAGAUGGUGGGAGCUAUAUAUGUUCUGAUAAGAAAUAUGUUCAGCCCAUUGCUCCCAGCAAGCCAGGACGCAAGAUGGUUGUACAACGGCCUGUUCCCCCAGCCAGUGCCCGAAAACAGAGUAGGCAAGAUGAGGAUGAAUAUACUGCAACACACUUGCAACAAGUUCCCAGGCUACGCAAAAAAAUCACUCUUGUGAAGAAUGGAGACCCAACAGUUAGGCGUUCUAUUAUCCUAAACAGAACCAAUGGGCGAAACUUAAAAACAUUCCUCGAGGAUGCUUCGGAUCUCUUGCAAUAUACUGUACGGAGAAUGUACACUGUAGAUGGCAGAAGGAUUGAAAGCAUCCAAGCCAUGUCACAGGUCCCGAGCAUCCUCAUCUGUGUUGGACGGGAACCCUUCAAACCCAUACAUCUGGAAAAUGCCAGUAAAAGUGUUGCCGAAAAGCUUCCUGGCCUCCGAUCUCAUCAGGCGGUUACAAGCGAGAGCAUGGACAAUAGGAGGAAUGUAAACUUUGGCUUGAAAGCUAAAAAAAGUGUUAUUCAUCCAAGGACAGCAUCCAGUGGAAAGUCAAGGUUAUCUUUGUCAUCUGAGAAGUCCUACCCAAAUGGUGUCAACAUGUCCCCACUGAAUAGUGGUUAUGGAUCUUUCUCCAAGGCGUGUCCGCAUACAAAAUCAGAAGACAGUUCUCAGUCCUUGGUCAAUGAGGAUAUUGAAAAAAGAGUCCAUGUCAAUAAGGACGGUAGCCUCUCAGUAGAGAUGAAGGUACGUUUUCGAUUAUUAAAUGAAGAAACGCUUCAGUGGUCAACACAGAUUAAAAAAUCGAGCAAUGUGGGUAAGGCCAAAUGCGAACAGCUUUGCUUAUGUGAUGAGGAUGAAACGCUGGCCAAGAAAGAUAUGAACCCAGAACUUUUUUCAGAAACAGAUGAAUCUUUUUACCCCUGUGAUGGGGAGUCAUAUAGCUCAAAGCGAAAUGAUGAAGAACUUGAAGACAUCUGCUGUGCCCACUGCGGACUGCAAUGUCGAGAAUAUGAUAUCUGGAAAAACCCUAUGCAUGUCAACCAACAGCAAGACUGUACCAACAGGGGUAACUGGCAGACUCGUUCUUCAGUCUCAAGCUCAUCUUCGCAUAAUAUGAGAGUAAUAAGUAAACAAAAGACAUCUAUAGACAGCCUUCAAAGGACUUCUUCCGAAGAGUAUACAAAACACAUUGUACAUAGGUCUUCACAUUAUUCGGAAACAAAAGAACAUGAAGAGACUAGGGUGACAUACUCUGCAGUAAGUCAAUGCACCAACUGCAGUGGACAAUCUACUGCUGCUUCAAACAGGGAAAUUAACACAGAAAAUGGGCAUAAAAGCACAGGGACGAGACAAAGAAAAGCCCAGUCCAGUUCAAAAACAGAUACUUCUUUGCUAAAUGAAACUGUUUUGGAAGAUUUUAAAGGGUCCAUUAAUAUGAAAAGCCAAAGUGCCAGUAUUGAAGAGUGGAGUGAGUUAUCCCCAUCACCAUCUUUCAGCCACGAGAUAAAUAAAGAUAACCAAAGAGAAAGUGCACUGUCCCAAUCUCCAGUUCGGUCUAGUAGAAGUAGUCAUAGGAAAGUCAAGAAGAGAGUGAGUGCUGAAACAAUAUGUGGCCAAUCAAAUUUAAGCCUAAGGAUGGUAGAAAGGCAAGAGAGUCCUAGCAUGUCUGCACCAACAAACCUCCUUAGCAUCUCAAAUGUAAGUUGUGAGGAAAUAUGCUUAAGCAGUUCCACAACGCAACUCCUUGAGUGCAACAGAACUAGCAAUGAUGAAACAGACAGUGUUCAGGAGAAGGUAUCUGUUCAGCACUCUGCAAGGAUGAGUCUCAGUGACUGUGAAAAGUGUUCAACAAAGUCUUUAUGCCACUCCAUUGCUAAUAAGAAAAAGAAAUCUAGCAAUGCUAGUAAUGAAAUAGAUACUCCCAGCUCCCCUUGCUCUUCUAUUAAUCCAAAGGAAAAUGACAAUAUUCCUGUGCACGCUAAGAAUAUCCCAGACCAAUGUGAGAUGGCCUCAGAGCUGCAAGACUCUUUUUCUUCUAUCCGAUCGGAAGUACAUGAAGUCAAACUCCAGGCUCAAACUUCAUUUCAGACUGUUUCAUCUAGUACUGAAUCUAUGUCAUGCCAUGGUCAAGAAGGAGGACCAGUUACAAAGAGCCCUGUUUGCAUUGAUAACCAGUCAUUGUGUAAACCAGAAGAUGACAAUAUGUCAGGACCAGCAGAAGACAGAAAUGCCAGUCUAAUUAAUAAAUCACGGUCAUCAAGCAUAUCACAGUCAGCCAGCUCUAGACAUAAUUGUGUCAGCUAUCCCAAAUCUGGAAAACCUAGUAGUGCCAGCUCAAGGGUCUCUUCAUCCUGCGAAAAACUAAGUAAGCGUGCAGAAUCCAUUAACAAUAGUUCAACCAAUGAUGGAGAGAGUCAAGUAUCUCAGCAGAAUACAAAGCAAUAUAUCGAAAGUGGAAAUGUUUCUAAUAAAGGGUCAGACUGUGAACAUAACUCUGUUUUUAGCCCAACUCCACCAAAAGGUAAGCCAAGCCACAGGCAACGGAGAUCAUCAGCAUUUAAAUAUUCCUGUAGCAGUGAAUGCAGUGACCCAGCAAAGAUUAUGAAUGGUAAAAAUCCUGUUUGCUCAAGGUCAACUUCCCCAGCAUCACAAGGUAUUUUGGCAGGUAAAGUUAGCAGGGAGAGAAAAAGUUCAAUGAAGAGUAACAGUGCUGAGGAAAUAUCAAGUCAUAAAAAAAGAAAGGAUAGUUCUAGUUCUUCAAAGAGAAUAUUCAAAAAGGAAUCUUUAGACUCUGGCAAAAUAAGCAGUGAACUCCAUCCUUCUGCAUUGCCAAAUGUAACUUCAGAAGAAGUUGUUCAUGAGUGGCUUAGGAAAAUCCCCUCUCGGACAAUAGACGUUGAUUAUGAAGUAGAAGAAUGUUCUACAAAAGGAGAGACCCAAACUGAAGAGCCAGAAACUGAUAAAUCAGAAGAAGAUAGGGGUGCAGAAAAAAAUGUUGUGAAAGAGAUGCAAGAAAGCUGCCAAGUACAAGAAGAAACAACAGAUGAAGCUAAUUGCACCAAUGAUAUAAAUAAUAUACCAGAUACAAAUACACGCAAUGAAGAUCGAAAAGAAGACAUUUUACUGGCAAAUACAAUAGAAGCCAAUGAUGACAAAAGUGCAAAAACAACAGUACCUCCUUGUGAUGAAAAAACAUUCCCAAGCACUAUACAUAAUUCUGUGCAAAUAAUGAAGGCACUGCUAAGACCUUUAAAAGAAUCCAAAUUUGACCGUUCAAAUAGUUUACCUGAAGUAUCACCUUCUAUGGGAAGGAGACUAAGUAACUCUGCAAAAGUUCUGAUCUCUUGUCUUGUUAGUCUUCAGCUUCUGAACGAAGGCACAACAGACUGCAUAGAAGAGUCAGACAUUUCAAAUAAUACAAAAUAUACCGAGUUGUUGAAUAUAUUACAGGAUCUAUGGACAAAAGCUCCAGAAAACAAAUGUUUAAAGAAUACAAAAUCUGGAAAGAAUUUUUCCAGGGAAGAUGAAGAAACUCCUGUUUCAUCAUCUGGAGUUGAUGUCAACAGUGGAUCUGAUGGCUCUGGUGAUGGUAGUAUUACAGGUGGUGGAGACUCUAUAGGGGUGGUUGAAAAAGCUGAUAAAAGUAAACUGUCUAAAACUUCCAGUGACUUAGACAGUAAAACUAAUGAUAGUCACCUUACAGAAAUAACUCAAGCAACAUCUGGAAAUUUAGAAGUAGAAAAUGGACAAUGUACUGAAGAGGACUCACCUGCUUGUCUUGAUGAGGCCAGUACACACCUUGUAGAUGAAAAUAUGAAUGAGAAAAUGAUAGAGGACAAUAAAAGUAACAUGACUGAAAGUGAGUCAACAAAUGAUGACCAUAACAAAAAUAAUGUAAAUGAAGAAAUAACAGAAAAUAUAGAGCACAUGGCACAAAGUAAUGACACCAUGAACAUUCUUAGUCAAACUGAACACAGCCCAGAAUCCAAUGAGUCCAACACUGAGGAAUCUAAUGGGAUUAGUUCACACAGUGAUGUCCAAUCCACCAUUAUUUCUUCUUCUGAUUCAAAUGGUAAAAAAGACUUAAAAGCCAAAAAACAAUUAAAUGAGACGGAUCCGAUCUGGGCACUAAAACUGCUGAGAAAGAUAGAGACAGAAUUCAUGGCCCAUUAUGUUGAUGCAAUGAAUGAAUUCAAGGUUAGAUGGAACUUAGAAAAUGAUGAAAACCUUGAUGAUAUGAUUGCUGAGCUUAAAAGUGACGUAGGCCAAAGGAUUCAGAAAAGUAUUGCAAAUGAAUUGAAUAAAAUAAAAAGUAGGACUGGGCAGAAGAUGCCAAGGCCUCCAGAUGACCGUUCAAGACGGAGGUCUUCUCUUCAAGCAGAGGAAAGAAGGAAAAUAUUGCAAACAAUGCACAAAAGGUCAGCCAUGCAGCUUGCCAAUGGAGACAAAAAUAAGGAUUUUGGGACAAAUGAUACUUCGUCUGAAACUGAUGAAGAAGAACUAACUUUUAGUGCAUCACUUGGCAAUGAUGUCAAUGGACUGCCAGAUGAUGAUGAAUUCUGUCCAUGCGAAACAUGUAUAAAAAAGAAGAAAGCUUUAAAAUUAACACAGCCCAAAGUGGUGAUAUCUGAUGCCCCCAUCACACGAGCUUUUGAUCUUCAGCAGAUUCUAAAGAUGAAGAAGGAGAACAACCUACAACCAGAAGAAUGCAAUAAUGCAAAGGAGGAGGCAGUCAAUGAAAAUGAUUCUGCUGAUGAGAAUGAAAAUGGCUCAGAUGAAGAGGGCAACAAAAAUAGUUCAGAGGAAGAGAACUCCUCUAGUAGAUUAGAAAAACAGGAUACAAAAAUAAGCUUGCAUCCUUCUUAUAAUGAAAAUGAAGCCAAUGACAUUAAUGAAGGACCAUCCAUUGUCGUGGAGAAUGGAGAGUGCAGUGAUGUUCCUGAUGCUGAUAAAAGCAAAGAUGCUGAAACUAACAAUAAUGUAAGUUUGGACAAUGAUACAGAAAAUUCUGAAAUGGACAAGGAAGAGGUAUGUUCUGAGACUGGACAUUCCAUCCGCAAACCGAUGAGCAGGGAAAGUUCAGCAAAGAGUGAGAGCAAUGAAGGCAGCCAAGAGGAGCAGCAAAGUGAACAGGAACAUAAUCAUUCAGAUAUAAACGAAGAUGACAAUGAUUCAGCACCAGCAUCUGACCAGGAAGAGACAAAAGACAAUGUAGAAGAUACAGAUGAGACAGAUGGAACUUGCCUAGAAGAAAGUUCAAGCCAUGAGAAAAAUGGAGAUGAAGAAGAAAUACCUGUGAGUAGUGCUGAAGAAAAUGACUACCUGGGAAACCUGGAUAAUGGCUCAAAUUUACAGAAAUCUCACAUGGGUCAGGCCUCUCUCAUAACACACCGGGGCUCUGUUGAUGAUCCAGAAGAAGUUGCUAUUAGCACAACAGAGACAUCCCCUAACGGUGAUUUAGACAGUCCAGACAGCAAGAAAACUCAGAUGUACCCUGAUAGCUCUUCUGAGGAAGAUAAUGCAUCAUCAGGUGGUACAAGCCCUGUUGAUGGGUAUAAAAAUGGAACUAAUGAGAAGGGGCAUGAAAAUCUUCAAGGAAGAAUAGAAGAAAGUCUAAAAAAUCUGGAAAAGACAACAAAGGAAGAACUUAUCAGUGAAGAUGAAUUUGACUUUUAGGUGCUGAUUUAUUCUUCUUUAUUGCUUUAGUUCAUUAUUAUUAUGUCUAUAUAUGGUAAAACGAAGCACUAUACAUGUUCAUUUAGUACCGUUUUCAUAUUCAAGGGCAACUAAACAUCAACAACAGUUUUUAUAUACUGUAAAGAUAGACUUGAAAUAUAACUGCUUUAAUGAGGUAAGUCUUUGAUUAGAUGUUAAAGAUGGAACAUUCUAAAAGGAAGGUGUCUUGGCAUGUAUCUUAGAUGAACAAGGGCUUUUUUUUUUUUUUAUUAAUAUCGCACCAAGGCCACCCACUGGAGUCUGCGUCCACUUUUCACCCUGGCCUCUGGGAAGCAUACAUGUGAGGCUAUAUAUUAUGAAGUCUAUGUUCAUGAACAGUUUUAUAAGUCACAUUUUGAGUAGGACAGCCUCUGUGGCCCAUAUUGAACAUGUAUCAGCUGCAACUCCAUAUGCAAAAUGAUAGGGAACAUAAUGUGUAUUGCAUGUGCAUCGUGAAUUAACCAUCACCCAAUACCAAAACUGUACAAAAUCUGGUGUUGAAAAACUUAAUUGCUGUAAUAUUCUGAACUGUUUGGAAAGUCAAGGACAUUGUUGUGUUUAAUUAUGCCUUGUGUUAAUAAGCUAUCUCAAUGAUGGGCAGAUAAAUUGCGUAGCCUGUACCCUAUCUGUAAAAAUGGCAGCUAUGCCUCUCUUAUCUACAUCUCUUGUCUACCUUCUUCUGACUCCUUCAGCUCUUAUUCUAUCUUACACUGAUACUAAAACAGAAAUGUUCCAUUUUUAACCAAUACCAUAGUCUUCUACUCACUUCCCAAUGCUCUAGGGAUGGCCCUUAAUUUUGUUCUGUAUUUUCAGGACUAGAGCAGAAAAUAUGGAUCCUAAGGCAUAAAAAGUAGGGGUUUUGCUCAUUAUUCCCAGAAAAUAGAUUGCACUUUAGAUAUAAAUGAAGAAUGCCCAGGAUAAUGGUUCCAAGGAAUGGUUGCCAUUGUUCCUGAGUAUGAAAACAAUUUACUGGUAAGGGACCUGUUAUCCAGAAUGCUCAGGACCUUGGGGUUUUCCGGAUAAGGGAUCUUUUCAUAAUGUGAAUUU